CAGUCUAGGCAGAAGAGUUAUGCGGAUUCUAAACGCAAGGAGACAGUUUACGAAGUCGGAGACAGAGUUUACCUACGAGUAUCACCACUUCGAGGAGUGAAGCGCUUUGGAGUUAAAGGAAAGUUAGCGCCACGUUUUGUCGGACCAUACAAAGUUUUGGAGCGUAUGGGAGAAGUUGCUUACAAGCUGGAAUUGCCCGAAGGAUUGUCAGGAGUUCAUGAUGUAUUUCACGUUUCCCAGUUGAAGAAGUGCCACGCAGAGAUGGCUGAGAUACCACUGAGAUAUACAGUGCCACUGGAAGCGAUUCAGUUGGAAAGUGAUUUGACCUAUGAGGAGAAACCAGUCAAGAUUCUCGAGUAUGCCAGCCGAGUCACCCGCAGCAAGGUUAUCAAGUUCUGCAAAGUUCAGUGGAGUCACCACACUGAAGAUGAAGCCACCUGGGAGCGAGAGGAAGAUCUACGGAAGAACUACUCUCAC